AUUGUUGACAACAUUUAUAACUAUCAGCAUUUUUGAACAAUUUUAGUAUUUCCAUUGUAUUUAACUAUACAUUUAGAACUUCUUUGCAUUUUCAUUUGUAAAUUUCUUAACAUUUUAAUUAUUUGAAUAUUUGAUUUAAUCAUUCUAUUGAAUUUGAAUGCUUAUUUUCUAAACAUGAGCUUACUGAAAAAGAUGAAAAUUAAUUUACUGAAUUAAUCAAAUUUUAUUCUCCCAAGGUGUCUAAUGAUUCUUUGAUUGAAUUAAAACUGUGGUGUACCAAGAUACAACGAUCUGGAAAAAUACCUAAUACUGGCUUCGGGCUCUAGAUAUUUGUAAUAAAAAUAUCUACCCCAAUAUUUAUUUUCUCCUAAAAAUGCUAUGCACUUUACCAGUGUCUACAUCAUCGUCUGGACGUAUGUUUUCAACUCUGAAAAGAGUGAAAACAUAUUUAAGAAACACAAUGUCUGAGAAUCCAUUAAAUGGUCUUGCUAUGUUGGCUGUUCAUAAAAAUGUUAAAAUUGACACUGAAGAAGUUCUUAAUUAAUUAGCAUUAAAACCACGUAGAGUGGAUCUUUUAUUGUGAUUAAAUUUGUGAUUUAACUCGUAACUGUAUCUAGGUAGUAGGUAUCAAAUAUCAAUAAAGCUAAUGUUUAAAUGUAAA